AUGCCUUCCCAUCUCUCCGUCCUCGCAGCCAUCGGCGGCCUGCUCACGUUUGGGCAUGCACAGGUAUCUUCCAACACAACGGCAUCGGCUACGAGCACAUCGACAUACUCGCAAUCCGAUGUGCCGACGGGAACACCAUUGCCGGGCGACUAUGAUGAGCCACUCCGACCUCAAGUUCACUACAGCCCACCCGUAGGGUUCAUGAAUGAUCCUAAUGGCAUGUAUGUUGAUGAAGAUGGUGUGUACCACUUGUAUUAUCAGUACAACCCUACCGCAAACGUUGCGGGCAACCAGCACUGGGGUCAUGCUACUAGCGAAGACCUCUAUACAUGGACCAACCAGCCUAUUGCUCUCUUCCCUGGCGGCCCCACAGAAGGAGUUUUUUCGGGAUCAGCUGUCAUCGAUUCGAAUAACACUAGCGGUUUCUUCCCAAACCAGACCAACGGCGUGGUCGCAAUCUACACCAUCAAUGUUCCAGAGAACCAGACUCAGCACAUUGCCUACUCGUAUGACAACGGCUACUCCUUCACCAAAUAUGAGAAUAACCCUGUCAUCGUACCCGGUGGCACCAACCCCACCCAAUUCCGUGACCCAAAGGUGAUCUGGUAUGAGCCCACCGAGAGUUGGGUCAUGGUUGUGGCGUACCCCGUCGACUUCGAGGUCGGCAUUUUUACCAGUCCCAAUCUCAUCGACUGGACGCCUACGUCAAACUUUUCCCACUACGGUAUCACUGGUCUGCAGUACGAGUGCCCGAACAUGGUCGAGAUGCGCGUGGAGAACUCCACCGACAGUGACGAAUCCAAAUACGUUAUGCUUAUCUCAAUCAAUCCGGGCGCACCGCUCGGUGGAUCUAUCACAGAGUACUUUGUUGGAACAUUCAACGGCACGCAUUUCGAAGCCGACGAUGCGCGCACUAGGCUCACGGAUUUCGCAAAGGAUAACUAUGCUGGACAGUUCUUCUAUGGUAUUCCUACCGAGGAAGACCAGAUUACGCUUAACUGGGCGAGCAACUGGCAAUACACCAACGUUGUGCCCACUGCUGGGGAGGCUGUAGGUGAUGGUUUCAGAAGUGUAAUGACGGUGCCAAGAGGCCACUACCUAAAGGAUCUGCCUCGCCAGGGUCUGUCGCUGAUCUCGUACCCGUCAAACAUCAUGUCUAUCGUCGAUUCGGAGUUGGCUUCCAACGACUCCCUUGGUAACGGUACUGUCUUUGUUGACUACUCCACCGUUGAGUCAGGCGCGCUCUACUUUGAAGCCAACGUUACCGGUAUCACUGGUGGUCCUUCCCUUGCCGGGUCCAUCAGCUUCAUCUUCCAGUCUUCCGUAUCGGGCGAGUCAAUCUCAGGUGGCACCUUUAUCUCGUCUGGCGACGUGUGGCUAGACCGCGGAAAGACUGACGCUUUCCAAAGCCCUUACUUUACCGACAAGUUCACUGCUACAGGUCUUUACAACGAGAAUGAUGGCUCCUGGAGGAUCUCUGGCAUUGUCGACAGGAGCAUUAUCGAGAUCUUCCUGAACGGUGGCGAACUCAGUGCGACUUCCGUCUUCUUCCCUACGCAGCCUCUUGACACGAUGAUGUUGAGGGUUUCGGGUUUGAACGAGACAGUGACGGCCAGUGUAGGUGUCUGGGGACUCCAGGCUGCUUGGCUAAAUCAGGCAGAUGAAAAUGGUAUUGUUGCUGGCAAUAAUACUGAAAGUGGUAACUCAACUGUGGGAGCUGCAAAGCUUCUCUAG